CUUCGUUGAGCCACUCUGGGAUUCUUUUUCUCUUCCUCUUAUCCCGAAACGAGACGUUUUUCACGUAGCUUCGCCAUGUACGCAUUGAUACUCCUCUCCUGCCUGAUAGCAGCCAGCCAGGCCCAAUACCCAGGCGCAUACCCGGGCGCGCCAUCACCGGCCCACUACGCCUCGCCCACGGCACCAUCAGCACCCGUGGGCCGAGACGGCGUCGUGGUCGACACGCCCGAGGUGGCCGAGGCCAAGGUUGCGCACUUUGCGGAGUUUGCUCGCGCGGCCGCCCGAGCUGCCGAGGACAAGAGCAAUGACAACGGCGCAUACGUGCCCCAGUACCAGCCGGCCGCCCCAGCCCGCCAGCCCGCGUUCGCCCCCUAUCCAGGACCCCCAGCCCCAUCCUUCGCCAGGGCCAGCUACCCUGGUGCCCCAACUGCUUACCACCCUCAGCCCGCCCCGCCCCCUUCCUACCACCAGCCUGCCCACUUUGCCCCCGAGCCAAAGGGCUUCCCGGUCCCAACCGGACCUAAGGCUCCCUUCGUGCCCGCACCCCUCGCCGAGGAUGGCACUGUCUUGGACACGCCUGAGGUUGCGGCGCUGAAAGCUGCCAGGCUCCAGGAGCUCGCAGCUGCCGAGGCUAGGGCAUACAAGUACGGAGCCGACGAGUAUGCAGCUGAGGGACAAGGCCAAUACCAUUCGGCACCAUCGCCAGCACAGUACCAAUCACCACAAGCAGCUUACCCUGGAGCACCCCAAUCCUUUGCUCCAGCCGCUCGUGCCUACCAGCCAGGUGCUCCCAUCUACCAGCCACAGCCCCAGGCCAGUUACCCUGGCCCACCCCAGAGCUACCAGUCGCAAUACUAA